GCUCCCUCUGCUGGUCAUCUUCAGGGUUGUGUUUUUACCUCGCCGACUCUGUUGAGAGGCUCAUUGUCAGCCCACUGACUUACUGGAGAAAACACCGCCCUAGUUCCUGCUUCCCUCAGCUGACGGGGCUGACUUCGGUCUGACAGGUUGAACCAGAUGAUUUUGCGCCAGUUCACUUGCAGAGCCGCAAGUACCUCUCAGCUGUAUGCCUGGAUGAAAAGACAACGGCAUUUUAAAGAGAUGGCCCAGCCCAGUUCAGAUCUAGCAGCAUUCAGGAAGAUCUUCUCCCAAGCCAACAAUAUCGCCAUCAUCACCGGAGCAGGAGUGAGUGCAGAGAGUGGAGUCCCCACCUUCAGAGGGGAGGGAGGCUACUGGAGGAAAUGGCAAGCACAGCAACUUGCCACUCCAGAGGCCUUUUCCAGGAAUCCCUCCCGUGUUUGGGAGUUUUACCACUACCGGCGUGAGGUGAUGCGCACUAAAGAUCCCAACCCUGCUCACCUGGCCAUUGCUGAGUGUGAGGAGCGACUGAGCAAACAGGGACGCACGGUAACAGUCAUCACUCAGAAUAUCGACGAGCUCCACCGCCGCGCCGGAUCCAAAAACAUCCUGGAAAUCCAUGGAAGUCUGUUUAAAACACGCUGUAUGAGCUGUGGUCAUGAAGCAGCCAAUUACAAGAGUCCCAUCUGUGCCGCUCUGGAGGGAAAGGGAGCUCCAGACCCGAAAACAGAUGACGCUGAGAUCCCUGUUCAGAAUCUGCCCAGGUGUGAGCAGACAGGCUGUCACGGCCUCCUGAGACCAGCUGUGGUUUGGUUUGGAGAGACUCUGGACGCAGACAUCCUAACCCGAGCAGAGCAGGUGUUGGACAGCUGUGACCUCUGCCUCGUGGUCGGCACAUCAUCUGUUGUGUAUCCAGCAGCCAUGUUUGCUCCUCAGGUGGCAGCCAGAGGAGUCCCUGUGGCUGAGUUCAACAUGGAAAACACACCAGCCACCCAGCGCUUCCAGUUCCACUUCCACGGCCCCUGUGGGACCACACUGCCUCCCGCAUUGGAAUGCCAUGAGAGGGAGCAGAGUGGAAAAUGAGUCCUGGACAUCAGCUGCCCACAGACCAGACUGUCUAACACUGAAGGACUUUAUUUACAGAUAAUAAGAGUAUUUAACAUGUCCAGUGUGGAGAGAAACUGAAAGACUGAAGAAAUGUUUGUUGAAGCUGUCACACAGACACAGUGCAAUGAAGAGCAAACACACUAUAUUAUUUAAAGUUACACACUCAGAACUUUGGGCAUUUAUUUUCAAGUUGAUGCAUUUUGUUUUUGGACUUUUGUAGAUCCCAAAUCACACCAGUGCUCUGCAUAGUCUGCUGCCAAUACUAAAUGUUAUUAGUGAUAACCGUGAAACCAACAUUUACCAAAUGAUUUAGCUGUGCUGGUUAUAAAGGGUAAUGUUGAAAAAGAAACAAAUCAAUAGUAAUGUGGAUUAAAUAUGAUCACAUGUAGGUCAACUGAUCCCUCCCUCUGCAGUGAAUGUACAGUGAAUGUGUGACAGUAGGGGGCAGUGUUAAGCUUCAUUUGUGCUGAAUACAACAACACCUGUGAGGAGGAAAAACUGACUUCUUCUGAAGGAUCUGUGGGCUCUGCCUGGGAUAUGUGGUGUGUGUGUGUGUGUGAAUUUAUGGACCGUGAUGAAUACUGUGUAUGAUGCCUUCCAGUGGCUGUGAGUCAGCUCCAGUUAAAGCAGGGAAACCAGUGACUGUGCAUUCCCUCAGCCAGUCAUGAAAAGAUAAAGGAUUUGUUACGUGUGUGUUGAUGUUCUGAUGCUGACGUGAUAUAAACAACAUGAUGAAAUAUGAGAUGAACAUCUAUGCAGAUGUAGUUUUUAUGCAUUUAAAUGUUUGCAUGAGUUUGCAAAUGCCGAAACAGACUCAAUGAUAAGAAUGGUAAGCGUUUAUUAGCACAGUGUAUGUUAGUGAUGGUAGAGUGUAUGAAUUGUACUGUCCUCUGCACUGUAUGGUCUCUGUUGUAGGCGAUGUCCUGCUUAUGCUGAGGAUGAGAUUGUGCCCGACACUUCCCUGCAUUAAAGCCACAACCGCUACUGUA